ACAUUCUUUUGUUGAACUGCUAUCAGGAAAAAUGUUUCAGCUAUAUUAACUCGGAUUAUUAGGGAGUAGAUGGAUACUAUUUCGGACAGAAGAAAGCUUGAAAUGGCUCGUACUACAGUUCUUUCAUGUUUGAUUUUUGUAAUUUUAAUUGCAAAAGGGUCCAAAGGUCAGUUCGAUUCAUCGAAAGAUAUAGAAGAUGCAAUGAACUUACUUCCGCCUCCUAUGGCCGUGGCCGUGAAACCAUUCCAGUCCGAAUUACUAACUCUUGCAAAAUCUGUAGCAGAAUGCAUCGAGGGCGAAGUGAAACAGUUUGACUUGUGCAAUUUCAAUGCAACGUACGAUCCAUUUGCUCUCCUGGAAAUAUGCACAAAAGGAACUGUAGCAAAUGAUAUUAUAACUUCCAUAGUGUCAAGUUUCCCUACCUUUAAGGCAGAUACAGGCAUACCACCGGUAGUGCCGAAAACACGAUGUUUUCUUCCUAGUCCUCCUGGUAUAGGAUCGACUCCUUUUUCAGCAAUCGGAAGCUAAUUGCUCUAAAAUUGAAUUGCACUUCGAAUUUGUUAUGUUUAGAUGAAGAAAAGAUUUCUGUAUUGCUCGAAUAAAAUUAUUAUCAUUCCUAA